CUGGCCCGAUACAACCCGGUCACUACCACUGCUAGCAGCAGUAGCAGUAGCGGUAGCGGUGGUAACAGUAUGCUUCGUACUUGUGCUACAAAUGGUAUGCAAAAACUGAAGCCACACAGGCUAUGUAUUGUUUUGAUGCCAAGCAACAAUUUAGUAGCUGACCACACCAACGACUGAAAAGUCAGCUGAUUUAUUCUGUUGCAUAUACUGCGCAGAUAAGACAUACUCAUUUGUUCGAAAGUAAAGUCAACUAAAAAAAUAAUGAAAAAACUUUUUUUUCAAAGUCAUCGAGACUGAGGUAAAAGUGCAAUCGUUCUAUGUAGGUAAACGUCUUUUUCGAAAAUCUUUUCUUGUCAAAUCAAAAUACUUUUGUGACGUUUUAAUGAUGAAGACUCAGGCCGAAACGCCUCAGCUUCAUCGACCUUGAGCAGGACUUAUGCCUACCAACGAUUGAAUUGAACACAUCCUCAAGACUGUUUGAGCCGAUUACGCAAAGCUACAAGGGGCGACUGCGCAUCACCCGGCAUAUACCUUGCACCCGGCUGGCGUUGAAAAACCAUUCUAUUCUUCAUUUUCGUCUUCGCUUGAUUUCAUUUGAACUCUAGAAGUUAAAUUUGGGUGGACCAUUCCUCAUAAGUUGGGGACGCACAAGCCAGCAAGUCAUGGCCAUGCACCGAGCUCUUUCCUCAGUCACUAGGCUGGGCGCCGCGCGCUGUGCGGCCAGCUCGUGGCCGGCGACGCGGCUGGCGCACACGCUGCCCGACCUGCCGUACGACUACGGCGCCCUGGAGCCUGUCAUCAGCGCCGAGAUUAUGCAGCUGCACCACUCCAAACACCACCAGACCUACGUCAACAACCUCAACGUGGCAGAGGAGAAACUGGCCGAGGCCGUCGCCAAAAACGACACGAGCACCAUCAUUUCCCUGCAAGGAGCUCUGAAGUUCAACGGUGGCGGACACAUAAAUCACUCGAUCUUCUGGCAAAACCUCUGCCCGGGCGGCAGCGGCGAGCCGGAGGGCGAACUGUUGGCGGCGAUCCAGCGUGAUUUCGGCAGUUUCGAGGCGCUGAAGCAGCGCCUGUCGGCGGCCACCGUGGCUGUCCAGGGCUCCGGAUGGGGCUGGCUCGGCUACGACAAGGAGGCCGGACGCCUGCGCGUGGCCACGUGCGCCAACCAGGACCCGCUGCAGGCUACCACCGGUCUGGUUCCUCUGUUCGGCAUUGAUGUCUGGGAGCACGCCUACUACCUGCAGUACAAGAACGUGCGACCCGACUACGUCAACGCAAUCUACAAGGUUGCCAACUGGAAGGACGUGGCCGGUCGGCUGUCUGCUGCCCAGAAGUAAAUGACAGCACCUGUCUUGUAUAAUGGUAGAUGGCGCUACCCUGCCGAGUUGUGUCGUGGUUGUGCGCCGGUAGUCGUCGCUAUUUUUGGUUAAUGUUUGUGGUUGGUGACAGCGCUCGAUAAUGAAUUGUUUUGUACGGACAAUGCGAUAUCUCAGUCGUUGAAGUCAGUCUGAACAGGGCUCUGGUCGGGCCUGUAUGCGGCGUCAGAUGCCGGAGUGUUCGUUAGCUUCUAAAGCAUUUUGCAUUUGGACAGUGAUGGCUGGGAUUUUGGCUGACAGUGGUAUUCUGGACAAUAUAUUAUGCUGAUCUUGCUA